CUCUACUCCCAGCCCAGUAGUGUUGUCUGGGAGAGGGUGGAGACAAUGGGACGGCUGCUCUUCUCUGACUGAGUGAUGGUCUCUUACCUCACCUCUGGGCGCUGUCUCUGGCUGAGCACUGGAUGCAAGGACGUCCAAGCAGGGAGGAAGGGACGGGAGGGGAGCGGACCCUGCCUGCUGCUGGAGACUGGCUGCAUCAUGCCGCACCCUGUGUCACUGUGACGUUUACUAAUGUUCUCAGGAUCUCUGAAAGCAUUCUGUACUUACACUCAGCUGCCUCAUGCACUUUGUGCAGUGAAAUGGUGGAGCCUCUAGGGCUGGUGUGUGUCUGCUGCAUUGUCUGCCAUGGCGUCCCCCAACGGUACCCUGGAGAAUCAGCUGCACAGCGCCCAGAAGAACCUGCUCUUCCUCCAGCAGGACCAUGCCAAGACUCUGAAAGGUCUCCAUGCAGAGGUCCGCAGACUACAACAGCACUGCACAGACUUGACAUAUGAGCUGACAGUGAGAAGUUCCAAUCCAACAGACAGCAGCGAGGCGCGCUGCAGGGAGCUGCACAGUAAGUGUGAGGAGCUGGAGGCUCAGCUGAAGGUGAAGGAGGAGGAGAACACUGAGCUGCUGAGGGACCUGGAGCAGAAGAAUGCCAUGAUCUCUGUCCUGGAGAACACCAUCAAGGAAAGGGAGAAGAAGUACCUGGAGGAGCUCAAGAUGAAGAGCCACAAACUGGCUGUCCUGUCUGGAGAGCUGGAGCAGAGAGGCUGCACCAUCGCCUACCUCACCUCUCAGCUCCACGCCACCAAGAAAAAGCUCCUGGCAGGCAGUUCCUCCGAGGCCAGCCCCAACGUCAGCCCUGUGAGCUCCUACAAGCCCACCCCUCCCAAAGCCAAGGACAGGCAGCCUGGCCCUGAGACCCCUCGCCGUCGCAUGAAGAAGAGCCUGUCUCAGCCGCUGCACUCUGAGUUAACCGAGCUGUACCGGCUGGGUUCUGAUGGGAGGAGGAUGGUCCUACGGGAGGCGGUGGACGCCAUGCCCGAUCCCACCCCCUUUCUGCAGGCAGCUCGAGACACGCCUGAUCUGCAGAUGGUACGAGACCGGCCAGCCGUCAUCCCCCCCAUCGCCUGUGAUCGCUCUUCCAGCCCCCGCCACAGCCCGGCACGGGACCGCCAGCACCGAGCACACGUGGGCGUGGCACACCGCAUCCACCACAACACCCCUCCACUGGUGCCGUCUCAGCCAGAGGUGGAGAUACUGGCCGUGGACCAGGUCAAUGGGGACAAGGUGGUGAGGAAGCGAUCCGGGGCGGACAGAACAGUUUAACACUGACACACAACAAGAGCGGGAAGGAGCAUCAACUACUGUAUAAUCGGCUGCUUUUUAUGCAAUUCUGCAACGAGCAAAAGAAAGUAAAAUGGAAAACAGACAAAAAAGAAAAAUGUCACUUUGUUCAUGGUCCUCCUUCAAAAAACUUUUUUAAUUUGUAGAAAUGGACUACUGUAAGCAUGCCAAAUGUUUUGUUUUGAAACCCAUGUGACUUACACAUCCUGUCCUUUUUGCAUUGUCUCUCAUCUCACUCCAUCUUACAUCGUGCACAUAAACUUCUCCGCCAAACAUCUGCAUUAUUGCCUGCUUACCUGGUGAAUCCAAUACACAUCGUCAAGGUUACUACUACAGUUAAGUUAUCCAUACUUCAUCUGGUCAGCAAUACUGUCCAGUCAGAUCAACAAGCUAUAUAAAGUCUGCAGCUACUUACAUGUUAUAGAAGUUAACUUAUUAAACUAAUACUCCCUGAAUGUUUU